CUGAUAUUUUGAUAUAUUUUUCACAUCUCUAAUCCCUGGCGUCUCGUUAAUAAUCUUUUUUAUAUAGCCAUAAAGCACCGAUUUUCCAUGUCCGAUUUCUAGGCGACAAGCGGAUGUGGUUUGGCCAACAUGGAGGAUCCGUGCAAGGCGCCACCGUCAGCCAUUGCCAUCGAGGAGCCGCUGCCAAAUGGCAAAGGAGCAGCAGGAGGAGGAGGAGCUGUGCACUGCAAGACCGAGCUGCCCGAGGAGGAGCUCCUGGGCUCGGUGACCACGCACAAUUGUCCGGGAACGCGGGCCAGUGCCCGGGUCAUCCAGAAGAUGAAGCAGGACCAGACGCGCCCGAUGACCCCGCCGCCCAGCGAGAGGGAGAUGAGCAAGAAGGACGAGAAGGCCGCCCAGAAGACGCCCAGCCAGCUGAGGGCGGGCAGUGGGAAGACCACCUGGACGAAUGUCGAGCGCAACUGCUUCUUCGAUGCCCUCAAUGAGUUCGGCAAGGACUUCGAGGCGGUGGCCAACUGCAUCAAUGCCAAGCUGAAGCGACGCAACGCCAACAGCGACUACAGCUUCAAGACCAAGGAUCAGGUGCGCCAGCACUACUACCAGACCUAUCACAAGAUCUGCAAGUAUGUGCGCUACUCGGAAGAGUUAAAAAAGCCCGCCCAAGAAUUGUACACGCUGAUCAACUACGGCGAAAUGCGUCGCAAGUUGCAGUUCCUCACAGAGAAGCACUUCAUGAAGCUGAAGCAACUGGUUUACCAGGGACAGAUCAUCGUGCGCUGCAAGGGGAAGAACAUCCGCAUCAAGACGCCAUCGUGCAAGGCGCUCCGGCGCCUCAAUCAAUUGGAUGAUUCCCUUGAGGACAUUCGUCUGCCCAGCAAAGUGGAGGUGGUGGUGACGCCCGCCAAUAUGGAGGCCUUCGGUCGGGUGCAAUCCCUGGCUCAGAAUCCGCGCGGCAGGAUCAUUGUUCCGCUGCACAAGAAACUGAUUAGCUUGAUCAAAACAUUCGAGUACAAAUGGCGGAGUGCCAAUCAGCGUCUGUACGAGGAGAAGAGCGUAUUUAUCCCCAGCAGCCUGGCAACGACUGCCUCCAACGCCACCAGCAACAACAACAACAAUGAACCGGAGCCACUGCAGCCGGCGGCGUCAUCGCUUGAUCCCUUCCUGUGCUUCCAGCCCAGGCCUGGAGUGGCCAUCCACCGACCUUUGCUCAGCAUCACCGCCUAUUUGAGCAGCAUUAACAUCUGCCUUACCGCUUACGAGGAGCGUUUGGGAUUCAAAGUGCGCAGCGAGACGUUGGGCAACCUACCCGGCAUUACGGUGGCGGCCAGCAAGAGACCCAGAACCGAAAGCGGCUCCGAGAAGCGUUCACCGGAGACAAAGAAACCCAAAUCGGGUGCCAGUCCGCCGCUGGAGAAGAGUUUGGAUGAUGUGCCAGAGGGAAAUCUGGUGAAGCUGGAGAAUAGCAGCGGAGACGAGUUGGGCGAGGAGAUUCACGAGUUUCUCGGUGACAUAAUGGAGGUCACGGCUCAAACACAGGCAGCCACAAUUCCAGCUCUUCAAUCCACCUCUGAUGCCUCAGCUGUUGCCCCGGAAACUUCCACGGAUCCUGUUACGCAGGCUCCUCCAGCCACCACCGAGCUACCUACUCCAUCGGUAACCUCAGUCCUGCAAGCUCCAGCUGCCGCCGCUACUUCAACUGUUCCCGCACCUACAACUCCUUCAGCUGGUCCCUUCGUCGCCCAGCCGCCAGCUCGCUCCAAGCGCAAAGAAGCCAAAGAGGCGGCGGCCGCGGCUCAGGCGAGAAACUUUAAGCCCCUGCUCAGCGAUGAUAUCCUUAAGCGAAUCCGCAAGGGAUGGACGGAGGCCAAUGCGGCGGAUAUAACCAUAGGCGACCUGUAUGUGGUUUUUGGCCAGGACUCCAAGCUGGAGCUGGAGUACUAUUGGUGUGAGAUGGAGAGUUCGACGGCCUUGGCAUCCAGCACUGCCUCGGCCAACGCUGUGGCAGCCAGCUCCUCAUCGGUGGCCACCCAAACAGGUCCCUCCUCCUCCUCCGCCGCCGCUCAAGCAACCGCAUCUUCCAUCCCCUCCCCCGCCAUCACCGCGAGUUCCUCCUCGCUACCCUACAAUCCCAACGACUGUGAUAGCGUGGAACGCGUCAAGGCCGUCACCACAUCGUCGGUGAGCAAUAAGCUGAAGCACCUGCUGCUGGUGGCCAAUCUCAGCGAGCGUGUGCGCAAGCGCCAGUGCAACUGCGGCCACACCUGCGAUCGGAAGCGGGACCUGAUGAGCAAGGCGCAGCAGAUGACGGAAGCGGCGGCAGCCGGCGCAGUGGGCGUGACGGAGGGCAACUUCCGCACCCCGAUGUUGCCGGUGAGGCGACCGAUAGCCAACAUCGAUCCCGUUCGACAGCUUUCAGCGCUCACACGACAAAAGAUCAGUCGUCACGUGCUCGUGCAGCGUCGACUCCUGCCCCCCGCAUCCAUUGGCGAUCGUCCGUACGAUUUGUUGAGUGUCCGCCAGCUGCACAGCGGCCUUUUCGAACCGAUCGAUCGCAUGGGCAGAACCAGUUCCAGUGGGAUCAGCUCCUGCGGCUCCGAAUCCGAUUGCAGCAUGGGUUUGGCGAUGCCAUCGCAGAGUCAGCAGCAAGUGGAUCAGCAGGCGAUUCAGCUUUUCAGCGAUGAAACCGAUCAGAGCAGCGGACGAGAUAUGCCCAACCUGGACUACUGUGUGGCCACCAGCACCGCCGGCGUCAGCAGUUCCCUGGCCGAGGCGGUCCAGGAUGAGAGCACAACACAAAAUUUCUUCCAUGGCAGUGUAAGCCCGAUGCACUUGCUUAGAGACUCAACAUCCAAUGCGCGCUGGCUGGAGGACAACAUCAAUGAUUUCUCACUGACAUCGCUGCUGGGUCAUCUGGAUGAGAUUGAUGCCACUAGGGAUAUACUGGAUCCCUCGUCGAGCAUGUCGGUGAUCAGCGAGAGCAGCGUGGACUUUCGGCACAAGUUCCAGGAGAUUGCCGCCCUGCUGCAGCAGCAGGAGAAGGAUUAGCAGUGGCAACUGCGGGAAUCCGGUCGUGUCUUCUUCGUUUACUUACACGGAUCCGGACCCUGAGAAAAGAUGAGAGGGAUGCGAUCAUCGAAGUGGGAACCCAUGAGUGCCUGCUGCACGUCUCAUGUCCUUUUUUAUUUUAACUCACUGAUAUUAUUCAUCCCAUAUGUUAUAUGAAUUAACAUCUAUGUUUUUAUGCGACUUUUUGUGAUCUAUUCUCAUUUUAUGUAUGCCAAGUAUUAGCAAGCACUCACAUUGUCUAAACAUAUAUAUUUAUUUAUACAUUAACUUUAUGUAUCAUGCGAUAGAACGCAAUAACUCCCCAUUUUUCGAAGAAUUCUCAGCCCUUAUGUUUGUCUAUUCGCUCGCACACUCGUUCUGCACUCCUCUAAUUGGUUUCUAGCUUGUAAGAUCGGUUCAGUAUAGUUAAGCCUGUAACACCAAACCCAAUCGAAACUUCCAUAUGUAUAGAGAUUCUCCGCAUGAUAAAAUAAAUCACCUAAGAAAUCCAAUUCCCGAAAAAA